AUGAUGCCUACUGAUCAGCCGGAAGAAGAGACAGGUUACCUGCCCGAUAGUGUGUACAGGGAAUUGGCUUGGUACGGUAUUCUUCAAAUUCAACCGCUUCAUCAUAGUACGAAGCACAAAGUUGCAGCCCAAUUAAUUUGGCAACAUACUCUUGGAAGGCCACACGUUAUCAUGGAAAAUCCACCCCAAUCCUUACAAUCUGAAGGCAAGGUAAGCCGUCAGAUACUUGCCGAAGAAGCAGCGAAAUGGUCAAGAGAGCAACGGGCUGCUCAAGAGGUACUAAUGGAGAACAUUAAAAGUGGAGGAAACGGGCUAACUGUUCGUACUGUUAUCAGCGCUUCAAAGAAAACUACCUACAUAAUACAGAAUGGUAAUUAUUACAAAUGUCCCGAAGGGUCAGAACCAGAUUUGGAUGCUUAUAGAGUUCAAGCAAAUAUGCAUGAACGAAAAUGCACGUACUCGAAGCAAUCUAUUCCUGUAGCCGUCGAUCCUUGUAUAGAAGCUGAAGUCGCUCCAAUUGAAUAUUCAUUUCACGAGGGCUGGAUGUUCUGCCUCGGCAAUGGAGAGAGAGAAAAUAACUAUUUCCAAAAUGGUACUAUCGAUUGUGGAAAUAAAACGAAAGUAUCUGUUGAUGAAUUCCUAAGUCUCUGCGCCAUUGAUAAUAAUAUUGUCAUCACUUUCGAUUACUUUGGAGACGAGCCUCGUAAAGAUAUGAUGCAUAACGCCACUUUAUGUACUACUUGGGAUCCGUGCCGAUUAUCCUACUUAUACAGACUAGAGCCUCCACCGGUCGAACUUACUCCCGCAUUUCCAACAAGUACUCCAAACCCAUGUGACACAACAAUUUGUCCAGAGUGCGUCGAGGGAUUUACUGAAGAUCAAGGAGUUCCUAUUAAUAUUGCAUCCGGUGAAGUUUCAAGAAAAUAA